AUGGCAGGCGCUGGUCCAUCUGUGGCUAUACAAGUCUUUAUGCAAGACUUCUCAAAGUCUCAGGCGCAAGUGGCACAACUUUUGACGUUCAACUUCCUUCUCCUUGGUUUGGGCAACAUAUUCUGGGUUCCACUUGCCUUGAAACUGGGCAAGAGAGCAUCGCUUCUGAUGGCCAUGGCCUUGCAGAUAGGCGCUUUAAUUUGGUGUGCACUCGCCAAAAGCUUCGAUAGCUUGCUCGCUGCCAGAAUCGUACUUGGGUUUGCUGCCGCCGCUGGAGAGAGCAUUGUUCCCGAAAUAGUUGCAGAUCUCUUCUUCCUUCACGAACGGGCCACAAUGAUGUCCAUUUAUUUCUUCUUUAGAUAUGUUAUCUUGAUAUCAGGGGGAACGGCUGUUGGUCCUCUCAUCGCCGGUUUUAUGGUUCAAUCUACUGCCCAGACAUGGAGAAGUUACUUUUGGCUCUGUGUCAGCUUGGCCGCUGCUAAUCUCGCCCUUCUAUUCUUCUUCUGCCCAGAAAGCAACUUCCGGCGACCUGAUUUUGAACAUGACAGUCAAAUUGAAAUGAAACCCAUCAGAGAUGAGGAAACAACUGAGAAAUCAAAUGCCAGUGUUGUCGAAAACGCUUCUACACAUAACCCGAAGUACGCGAUUCAUCUCUUGCCCUUCAAGGAACGCCUUUCUUUGAUUCGAUAUAAUCCCAGUAUUAGUUUUUUGAAAACCCUUGUUGACCCCCUUCUACUCUUACGCCAUCCAUCCGUGCUGUGGGCUAUCUAUGCCUAUGGAUGUUCCCUGAGCCCGCAGAUUAUUAUGAUAUUUACCAUGUCUACCCUCCUUAUGCCUCCACCAUAUAAUUUUUCGUCUGGCGAUACAGGUCUCAUGGAGAUAGCUGCGAUAAUCGGUUUUGUUGUAGCCUGCUUUGGUGGCGGCUAUAUGUCCGAUAUCAUCACGACUCACAUUGUUAAAAAAAGCAAAGGCGAGAUUAGACCCGAGCAACGCCUUAUCUCGUUGCUUCCUGGAAUGUUCAUUGCCCCAGCCGGAUGUAUUCUCCUCGCCUUCGCAUGCCAGUACAAGCUCAACUGGGUUGCAAUAGCUUUUGGGUUCGGAAUGGUUUCAUUUGGAGAAGUUUACACACCAAACAUCGCUCUUACCUAUGUGGUCCAUCGCCAUCAGAAACAUGCCGCCCAGUGUCUCGUUCUCAUUAAUAUUUUCAAAAAUAUUCUUGCUUUUCUUUUCCUGUACGAGGCGGUUCCUUGGGUUACCUCCCAGGGCUUUACUCAAGUUUAUAUGAUCAUGUUCAUGUUGAACAUGCUUACCUUGGUCCUGGCUGUGCCACUGUACCAUUAUGGACACUGGGAGCGGGAGUGA